CACAACCUCAUCCCCCCAGACGUGAUGAAAAGAUGUCCGUGUCGAGUGAUAGCCUCUGCCUGGAGGAGGACGGCUCUAUAGAGCUCGGGGAGAGCAUCGAGGGUCUGUGCUUCCACCAGGCGCUCAACGUGCUCCUCGUCACCACCACAGACCGAAGAAUUAGGGUCUAUGACCCCCACUCCUCCCUUAAGCUCUCCGAUGUCCACCUGCAGGGGGAUAGCAAAACUAAGCUGGUGUGCGUGUACCAUGGAGAGAGCAACAGUGUGGUGGUGUGUGGAGGACGGACAGUGGGGAUGCGGCGUGACCAUCAUGGCGUUCUUCUUCUGGGUACUGUCCUCCAGGCUCCUGUGGCUGCACCAGAGGAAACAGUCAUUGUGGAGAUGCUAUUAUCAGAGGGUAUUCAGCUGCAGCAGACGUUGGCAUUUGGAGAGCUAAGUAACAUAGAUCAUGCUGCAGAGGUGCAGGAAGUUCUGGCUCAGGGCAUUGCUGCUCACCAAGCGCAGUCACGUAUCAAUCCAAAAUUAGCAAAGCUCGGGGAUGAGUGCAAUGGCUUCAUCUGCAGUGUUUGCCCGUUCUGGGAACCAACUGAUGAACCCUGGUCGGAGCACGAACGUCACUCGCCAAACUGCCCAUUUGUGAAGGGGGAAUACACCAAUAAUGUUCCGCUGUCUGUCACAUAUGCCACAAGUCCUGCCCUGACGCACAGUGAACGCACUGAAGAGGUGGCAUUUUUAAGCCACACUAAUAGUCAUCAGUUCAUUGCUUCUGCAACUAAACAUGGCAGUAUUGUAGUGUGGAAUACAGCUAAGCAGUUAAAGAAAGAAGUUAAUUUUUCAAUAGAUCCCUCUGACUCUACAAUAUUAGAUAAGCAUUUUUCGGACACGAUAGGAUAUACGGAUAUGCCUCUGCAGCCACCAGCCCCCUGUGAGGCAUGGGCAUGGGGAGAAGAGGAACAAAAUGGUUCAACAAAUAGUGAAAAUGAUACCAAUCAUGCUGGACCGUAUUCGGAGUCUGAUACUCAAGCUGGGCUCUCUGUAGAAACUGACGCCUUGAGCAUCCAGUCACCAGGACCAUCGACACCACCUGUUCCUUCAGUCUCACCCCCUCCUCAACCCCCUCCCCCUCCUCCCCCACCCCCUCCUCCGCCUACAUCGCAAGUCGUAGAGCUGCCCCUUGAUGAUAUAGCUGUUGAUGAGUUGUUUGCGCCCCCUCGACCAUCCCACGACGUGAGAGUUUCCUCUUUGUGUAUUUUAGCAGAUCCAAAUGAAGUGUCCCAAAGACUAAAGGGGGCAACUGUGAAUCUGUUGUCCUCUGUUCGAUCUUGUUUAGUGGUUGGGGUAGGAUUGAGGCGUUACGAACUUUUUGGCACAUCCAGUGGAGAUCGUCAGGAAACUUGUGAUGUGGGACUGGUUCAGGUGCUAAAUAAUGUGAAUCAAGCUACCCAAAGAGAAGCCGAGAGUUUAGACAUAAUGAAAUUAGACUCGUCUAGGAGAGGAUCCAUGACAGAAGAGGAAAAUGACAUGGACUGUAUUGCUAUGGAGUCUGAGUCUGCAUCAUUAAGUGAUCCUGCAGUUGUGUCUACCUCGGCAUCUGCUGGUCAGCAGAACUUCGUACCGUAUUUAUUAGUGUAUGACCUCAAUGUGAAUGCUCCACAGCCAAUGAGCAGCAAUAAAGUGGUUACUAAAUCAGUCACCCAGGGACCCUAUAAAAAAUCUACCGUUAAAGUUGGGACGUUUGGGCAGACGAACAUAAUUACUCACCCAAAGACUAAACACCUGUGGUCGGAUCCACCAUUGCUAUUGCAUAAUGAUAUUGAAAUGUUUUUUCCUCCACCUAAUAUGUUUGUGAAAAAUAAGGGAAGUUCCCAAGUGGGAUCAGUCUCAGCAUCUAAGUCAAAAGUCAAAGAUAAUCAGGUUAUGCCUGAGCCUCAACCAAAGAAUGGUAUAAAAAAGGAGCCCAAGUGCAUCCAGUGCAUUCCUCUGCCGCAUAAGUUAAACAGUGUGAAGCUGCGUUUAACAGUCAACCAGAUAGUACCUACAAGUUGUGGCGAGUAUGUUGUUGUCACACUGAGCCGAAGUGAUGGUUCAGCAAGCAGCAGCUGCUCGGCGAGUGUGCCUGCAGACUCUAGUGAUGGUGCGGUGGGAGGGACGAGGGAAGUAUUUGGCGCUGUUAUUGUGUACCGAGUAUGUCAGGGCAGCGAGGUGGUUGUGUUACAGGAAGAACCUGUCAACACUAAACUUCUCACAUCGUAUGAAUUUGUGCCCAAGAAACUGCUGCUUCUACCACCUGAGUUUAGUGACAAUGACUGUGGAAUAAAUGGGAUAGCAGCGUGCAUCACCAUGGAUGGAACCUUACGACUGUUGUCACUUUCAACCUUGGAAUUCUUUCAUCACAUUGUGCCGCCUUCAGGCCGUCAGUUCAACAAUGUGGUCUACUGUAACAGCUUGGAGCGACUCUGUGUUAGUUGUGACGACGGCAGAGUGAACUUGAUCCAGUUGCGCAAAGAUACAGACAUUGGCAAGGAGGCAGACACUGCAGCUUCAAGCACAACUUCAGCUGCAUCUAUGCCUUCUGCAGCAACGCCGGCGCUAACCCGAGAGCCAGAGCUCAUGCCUGGUGAGCUAUUGGUGAACCAAGGUUUGUCAGAAGAGGUGCUGGACAAGUGUGUAGAGCUUACUCAGUUUCAGACAGGAUGCCCAAAAUUUGUGGCAACUGUACCCCCUUGCUGGUCCGAGAUCAUCCAAGCUCAGAAGCAGCGCCGUAACCCCCAGCACCUCCAACAACAUGCUGAGGAUAUGGAUACAACCCGCACCUGGCGGCUGGAGGCAGACAGUUCAACAUGGGAUGAACACUUGUUUGAAUUGUUGUUGCCAGCUGGAGCAAGUGGAGUUGGUUCAGUUCAAGUUGGUCACAUUGACCUCAAGCUCAACUUUAUACCUGGACCACCUACCCCAUUACCUCUGUUACAGGUAACUUUGUUACGUCAGAAUUUAGCAACACCUCGCCGACAGACAGCACCACAGGGUAGCAGCACAUCCUCAAGCACUGGCGGUAGUGGGUCCCCUUCACACAUUCACACCCCGUCAACAUCUAACAUCCCAGAUGAUGUUCUAGAAGAGAGUCCAGAAAAUCCAGUGUUGACAAAGGAGUUCCAGUAUACCCACAAUGCUGAGAUACUCUGUGGUCCAGUGACAGUCAACCGCUGUAUUGACUUGUCUGGCCAGGGGGCUAAUAUAACGCUUACAUCGCCUAGCUUACUUGCCUGCCGCAGCAGAACUUACCUUGUUCACAUAAAAGCUUUGCCCACGAAAUUGCCUCAACAGCAGACACAACAGCAGCAACAGACACAGCAGCAACAAUCACAGCAACAACAGCAUGACCUUCAGAAGAACAGUGACCUUGAUCUGGUAACUCAGUACAUGCCUCCACAGUCAUCUACAUUCCUGGACCGCUUGGCAGCUUCCUCAAACAAAAGGGUGGAUUUAGUGCGAGGGUGUGAUAUUAUCCAGGAGCUCUCCAUAACAGUCAGGUGUUGCAUAAAGACUACCAUUCCUCAUGAGAGACAGCAGAGGCUAUCACUGGUCGAAAAUGAAGAUUUCCACAAGAGCCUGUUAGAAAUUGUCGUCAGUGAUACAUCCUCUGACCACAUCCGUCACCGGGCACUUGACUUGCUACUCUGGAUCACUUCCAUAUAUACGGCCGCAGUUGAUGACCACACCAUCAGCGUUGGAAUCAUCACUAUGCUACAGCUCCAUCUCUCGGGACUUGUGCAUUCAUGUCUUCUGCUUGGAGACCGCAGUAUUGCCCAUAAAACAUCAAAAAUAAUAGUCACCGCUCUUGAGGGCUCACGUGUCGUUGAAGGCGGCACAUUUUUUGGAUGGGCCGUCCUGGAAGCUCUACUGGAGUGGCUGGCAGUUCUGCAUUGUCAGAGUGCUGGAGCUCUUCACUGGUUCUUCACCCUCCUUAACCAUGUUAAGUGGUGCAACCCUUGGGGCACCUCUCGCAAGGUUACUCAACUGUUAACAAUGAUAUCAGAAGCACUGAGCAAGAAAGUGGACCCAUUACAUGCAGUAUUGCAAACUAGGUUCAAUCUUUAUGGGACCCCAUUCGAGAGAGAGCUCUUCGACACUGAUCCUCCAUUACUUGCUAAACAAACGAUAAGUGGAAGUUCAUCUGGUCCUUCAAAUUCAAACCACAACACUGGGAACAAUAACAACAACAAUAAUAAUAAUAUUAGCUUUGGUGGAACUGGUAUAUCAGGAAGCAUGCAGGGAGGCCCUGGAGGAAGCACGCACAACUCUACCAUGAAUGGCAAAACUGGCGGCCCUGGAACCACCAUUGGGUACCCAUACAUUAUGAUGGGACGUGAUGACAGCGAUAUCGGUGCACUCUUAGGACGGGGUUCACAAGUUGGCUCCUUCCUUGGCUUAACGCACACCAGUGCACUGUGUGGUCUACUGGAGGUGGAACCACUUCAUUUCACUUUGCACAUGGCUAGCGACGGUACGAAGAUGGAAAGAGCUUCAUCAGGAACAGGUCAUCCUGGGAGUCCAUUUAUGAUGCAGCCAUUCACCAUCCCAGGUGGCUUAGACACCAGCACUCUGGCUCAAGUGGAGGCCACCAACAGUGGAACAGCCAAGGCAGUUGAUGCAUCUGUCACAAUGUUACACAAGGCAGUUGAGGACAUGGCAGUUAAGAAUCAGGCUGUAGAGCUUCUACUUGCCAAGAAGGCUACUAAAACUUACCUAGAGAAGCUGCAGACACUCAGUGACCACUUAGCUUCAAUGAAACAUUGCCUUCAAAAGGCUAAACAACGAACACAAACCUUGGCUAAAGUUGUGGCUGCAGAGAACACCGGCUCUCAGUCAGUGGAUCCAUUGCUGCCUUUAGGGGGAGAGAAUAAGGAAAUGGAUGUAAAAGAAGAAACAAGCACUAUUUCUUCAGGUAGUUCAGAUGAAUCUCCUGACGAGGGUCUAAAUGCCAUUCUCUUGACUGAGUCUGAGGAUGUCACUCAUCCCUUGGUGCAGUACAUGGGUAAUGGUGAUGUAGACCUGGAUGUUUCAAGCAAGAUUGACUUCGGUCUUACAUCGGUUGAUAAAGAAGUGAUGGAAGUCUCCAAGCAUGCAGUUCAGCAGAACUCUUAUACCAAGAGGAAGAGUGAUGAAGAUGUUAGCUCACUGGAAAGUAAGGCUUCUACUCCAUCAGCAGGUCACCCUCCAAUAAAGGAUGGAACAACUAAUGGGAAAAAAGUGGCAUCUGCCAUGCAGGGAAGUCUUGGUGCACCAUGGCAGCAGCUGCUGUCUCUGCCACCUCAGCAGAUGCUUGUUAUCGAGAGGAUGCACUCGGGGGCACGCCGCUUUGUGGUGCUCGACUUCGGUGCUCCGGUUUUGCUAACAGAUGUGGUGAUACCAGCUUGCAGUGACCUGGUCUCCUUAAGCAUUGACAUUUGGAUGACAGGCGAAGACAUGGAUGGAGAGAGGCUGGUAGUGGCAUCAGACAUAGGGAUGCGACCCUUGAUUCUGGCUGAUCUCCAGCCUCCUCCCCUCUGUAGAUAUCUCAAGGUAACAACCCUUGGGAGAUAUGGUAUGAAUACAUCUUCGCAGUGCAGGAUCCCAGUAGGUGCGUUUUAUGGGCACACCUUGAUCCUUCCCUGGCAGCUUCAGCCUGGUCAGCCACACCCAUCAUUCAUCAACAAAAUAUCUGCCCAGACUCAGUUGUCAGUACUUGGGAGUGUGGUGGAGGACAUUGGGUGCCGGUACAGCCUAGCGUGUAGUAAACUGCGAUCUCUCCUGAAUCCCCUUCUUAUGAGUCCUACUGCUCCUACGGGUCCACAUACCUCUUUUGGUUAUUCCGAGAUAUCGCCAAUUGGGUCGCGAGAUGCCGACCUCGAGCGGAAAAUUACACAUGCAUAUCAGGAAUGCAUGUUGGAACAACAACAUCUGAACUUGGUAGUGUCAGUGAUGCGUCGGCUGCAGUGUGUUGGAGGGGCAGAGAGUUCCAGCACACCCUAUUCUCCAUCCUCGGUCAAUUCCAACCACAACAAGCAUUUCCUCUCUGCAGUCUCAUCAUCAUCUGACAAGCUUGCCACUCUCAUGCAGUACCUAUUAAACUGCCUCCUUACCUUGUCACUGCCCAUACCUGGCAUGUCGGUGCCACAUAACCUGAUGGAGUGGUGUGGGCCUGAGCAAGCCAAGGUGCUGGUGGAACAGGUGUGUGUGCGGGGACCCAAAGGGGCACAGGUGGGCGUGGCCUCCCUCCUGGCUAGGCUGUGUGCUGGACAACCCUGGUGGGGAGACUUCUUGGCCAACACCAUGACAACACUCUUCUCCUCCACCAAUACUCUCCACUUUCCUGCCACCAGAGUAUUUGCCCUACUUACCUUUCUUGGGCAAAAGAGUGUUGGUAGUGGGCGUGGAAGUCAAGUCAUCGAUGCUAUACUACGCGUUUUGUCUGCUCAACUUCAUGGCAGUGGCAGCCUUACAGCUCGCAGCCCCACACCUGCAGCUGCGGGUAUAGAGUCAAUGUGGCUACCCUGGCACAACAUUAGCACUCAAGUUGACACUCACCUUGUCUCCUGGCUCUUGCUCUACCUCUCCCUCUGUCUGGAUGCCCUCACUCCAACGCGCAAAAAUGACGCAGAGAAGAAUAAAGAAAAUGGUGGGCGGUGGACAUGGCUGACAGCAGAGACGUGUCUUCAAAGACGGGGCUCUGAAGCAAGCCGAAGUGCACCACGAGCUUCUCGAGAAAGAUUAAGAAAGCGCCUGGUACACCAGAAGCAGCAGUUAGUUAAUCUAGAAACUGCAACCAAAUCCUUGGGAGAGGUCGGUUCUGGGCAAGUUCUUGCUGGUCUGAGUGGAGAGAUUUACCAGAAGCUUGACACUAUUCGGAGAUCAAUUGUCAGACGGUACUCCCGUACCACGUCUGCCUCAUCUGGUGGAUCGGCAGCACGUAAAGAUGACGGUGAUUCCGCUGGUGAUGGUUUUGUACCCCUUGACCGUUCCACAGCACUCUCAGUGGCACAUGGACUCAUCAAACUUUUAAUGAACACCAGCUCUCCCUGCUGUGUCGACUCCUUCCUUUUGACAUGCAAGGUUAUUGGAAGUCUGGUGAGUGUGAUGAGACCAAGUCCAUCUGUAGCAGAGAUAGUAACCCGAUGCCAGCUGGGAGCACUGCUGCGCCAUGCUCUUACUCUAGAUACCACCUGGGGAGCUCCCUGGGCACUUCAUGCUCUAACCUGCUUAUUGCAAGAUAUUCUUGAAGGUGAGCGUCUUUUUGGCAACGUAGUAAUAAAUACAGAUCAACACAAGGAAGAAGUGGACACCUUUGAUAUUGUGGUAGAUACUGCUAGGAGCAGUACUGCUGCUGCUACUGCUGCAGGAGGACCAUCUGGCACCUCUGGCUCCUUGGCCUCUCCAGGUCCCUCUGGUGUUGUAUUGUCAAGCUUGUCCUCUGCAGCACCAUCGGCCAACGGAGCAGUUCCAGCAGCUAGUAGCACGGUUGGGGAUGGGGGUGGAAGUUCAUCCCAGGAUGUUUCUGCACCUCUUGGGGCAUGUGUUGCCACCCAGAAUUGUCAAUCUGAUCAGUCAGCGACCCAGCUUAGUCCCCCAGUAAUGAGCAUAGCUACAGCUCACUACAGUGCCAUGGAGGAGGAAGACCUUCCAGGAAAGUAUUCUUUCCUAGACCUUGAAGACAGUUCAGAGAGUGAGGACAUGAUCGGAGAAUACCUUGCCGAUAUGCAGCCUUGUUUUGGUGGAUCAUCUAACAAUCCUUACACAUCUAUUGAACUUGCUAUGUCUAAUCUUCCUCCACCAUAUCCGCCGCCACCUCUGCCCAAUCAGUCAUCCUCUCGUACCAACAAAGAUUCACGUAUUGGGGACCUGGUGAGUGGACCGCUGAGCAGUGCACACCCAGGAAUGGAUCAUUCCACAGCAGUUGAUGCCAGAUUGGAGGCUGGGGUAUCACUUUUGUCCGAGCUGAGAUUACACAUGAUGGGAGCUGUACACACCUCCAGACUUAGUCUAGCAGUCACAGCCCCAUUGAAGGUCCCCAAAUGUAUGUGGGCAGAUACAGAGGUGUGUGGUCCUGGUGACCUUACUGCUAGUGUUCAACUACUUACUGACGUUUUCCAAAAAAUUUUGCUUCACCUUUCUAUGGAGUUUGAUGGUAGCCAUGUUGAAUCAGUUCUGGGACUAUGGUUGAGUAUUAACCUUGAGUUGGCUGGUGGCAAGUAUACCCCUUCCAUUGCACCCACUGUACCUCUCACUCCCAGGGCCAUCUCUGCACUCUUGGCAGCAGUUGUCAGAAGUGGGAGUGUGAGCAUGCGGUGCUGGUGCCUUGUACUACAGACACUCACUCUGUGCUGCAACCAUACCCCACAAGACCCGCUACCUCCCACCACUGCUGACCAGUAUGAUCAUAUUGAUUUGAGUGGAAUGGCAAUCAACAUCAUUACAGAUGUCAACUUUGUUCCAACAUUACAGAAGUUGUUAACUGGUUCUUGUGCUACAGGAUCUGAUAUAAGAAGUGAUGUUGUUGGCAGUACAGUAACUGGACUCUUAGAAGAUUUAUUAGUCCGCCUUCGCGUGCGGUGUGACGUCAUCAGCGUGACCAGUGUGUCUGGCACCACUCUGAAAUAUGCGCUUCUUAGUUUAGUAUCACGUCUGCUGGAGCCUCAGGGAGCUAUAUCUUUAUCUAUGGGACCCUUAGAUGCUCAGUGCUGUCUGCUAGGAACACUCUUGUCCAUGCAUUAUGAUGGAAUGGAUCGUAUGCAUGUUCAGUUAGCCAUCAUUAAUUCGACAGUGAUUUUGGUUCAUGGGCACCUCAUGUCAAGCGAGGGAGUGACGUAUGGAGCCACUAACCAGAAUGCAAAUAUGUUAGGAGGUCUGUUUGCCUCUGUUCUGGGUUCAGAUGGUCGUCAGGGGCCAGCACCAUCUCGGCUUGCUCUGCUAUGCUCUCUUCUUAAUCUCUCCCGCAAGCUUGCCCAAACACCACUUGCCAGCUCUGUCCAGUCUCGUUCAGGGGGAACAAACUUUGAAGCUGAGGAGAAUACUAGAGGGUCUCUGACGGAUUCCAGCAAACUGGAACAACAGCGAUCUGAUGCCAGCUCCAGCCAAACAGACGAGCACAAAGCCAUGCACACACCACAAACCUGCUCUCAUUCUGCCCCCAACAGUGUGGCAUGUCUUGCAGAUACAGUAUUACAAAACAGUGAAACCAUGCAGCUAUUGUUGAAAUCCGUAUCAGCAUGUGAAGGAAGUAGUGUAUCCAUGCUGUUGGGAACAGUGAGUGGGGAAGUGUCAGAGAAGUUAUGUCUUGGGGAAACCCUCACUGAUGCACUUUAUCAGUUGCUUCUCACCCUUAACACCAAGGCAACGGCACCAGAGCUUAUCCUCAGGCCUGUUGUGGCCUUCAUCACCCCAGGUGGUUGGUGGAGUCCUCCAUUGUUGUCUGAAGCGGCUCUGUGUUUCUUUACACGAGUGCUUGACUGUCCCACUAUACUGGAGAAGUUUGCUGCUCUUGGAGGCAUGAAGAUGCUGUGGGAGAACCUAGUGAGCAGUGUGGGUAUGAUGGGUGGUGGACGUGGGGGUCUGGUCACUGCAGUCAUGAACCAUCUGGCUCCACCGCUCCCACCCUCCACCCAAAACACACCUUCCAACAAACGCAGUGAGCCCUUAGAGCAGACCGAGGGGCUCUACAACUUUGCUCCAUUGGCUGUCGUUACUUCCAGCAACCCAACAGCAAGACCUGCAAAUGUCCUUGUUGAUUCCAACCAGCUCUUUCAAAGAACUAAGAGUGCUCCGUGGUCUUACCAUUUCUACCCAGAUGAAAGUUGGGUGGACCUUAACUUAACUUUGCCUUGUGCAAUCCUGCUGCACGAGGUGCAUUUGUUUCCCCACACAGUCUCCCUUGUCUCUUGCCCAUCUGCUGUGUGCGUGGAGGUGGGAGUUGAAGGCGGAUACCUCAUGCCAGUGAGUGGACCACUGAGCACCGCUGGACUCUCCCGUGUUCGUCUGGUACUUCCACGGCCCGUUGUUGCCUCCAUUGUUGUUGUCCGUCUUCAUCGACCCCGCGAUUCAUCAACGCUCGGCUUAUCUCAGUUAAAGUUACUUGGCACCACUACAUUCAGAGGAGCUUCUAGAGGUGUACAUGAAACUGCAAUUACUGAUUAUGCUCCUCAUCGGGCAAGCAUGUGGUGGCUAAGACUGAUCAAUCAGUGUAUGUGUCGUGUGGAGGGAGGCCUUAGUGUGGGCGUGGAAGCAGGAGCCUCAGUAGCUGGAGUGAUGGAAGCUUGUGUGACACUAUUACUGACUCCUCCAUGGCCUCUCCACCUGGCACUUCUUGGUUCUGCUCCCCUGGAAGCCACCACCUUGGCCCUGGCAGCACUCUCACCCCAGCUCCUCCACACCUUGAUUAUGACACUGCUCACUCACCCUCUCCUCAGACAACCUGCAGGUGGAAACAGCUUAGAUGCAGCAAUUGCCCUGCUGUAUGAGCUGUGUGUUGGCAGUAGCAGCAUGGAAGGGGUUUCAGUGUUGCUAUCAUGGCUAAACCACGUUGUAAUGUAUCCGCCAUCUCCAUCUCCGAGAAGUGACGACUACCAUCAUAACCUUGGUCCCCCUCAUCCAGCGCCGCAGCAGCAGUCACCGCAGUCAUCACCUGGAAGCAUCAAUAGUGGAGUUAGUGCUGAAGUGCUACAUUGCAUUGCAGCUGUUCUCUGGAACACUCCUCAUGAUACCACUAGCCUCAUUACUGAUGACCUCUUCAGACGAGUUUACGAGUGGUCAGAAAGAAGCGAAGGUGAAGUGAAAGUCGGCCUGGAUCACAUCAUGUGUUCCAUGUGUCACAUUCGACCACAGCUCUUCACUCAGUUACUGCUAAACAUGUGUGUACUAACAGUUAUUGACAAUAACCAGUCAAUCACAGAUGACAGGAAAGACAGAGAAGCAGAGAUCCGUGCAGCUAGAACUGAUGACAUGAAAGAGGGGGUAGAGGGAUCUUCAGGGGCAGUAGAAGGAAGAUUAAUUCUUCAAGAUCCAAGCAUGAUCUCUCUCACCCCAGCACACCUGCAGACUCUGGCUACUGUUGCACAGUCGCCCCAGGCCAUACACCUCAUGCUCGACUCUGGAUUUCCAUUAUUACUGGUUCAUGGUAUUCUAGAGUGGUGCAAAACUGAAGUUCUGCAUCAGGUAGAGAGUUGCACAUCUCCCAGUGCUGGGGAGAGUGCAACAGAUCUUGAAAAAGCCAGCUUUGCUGAAAAAUCCAGAAGUGCAGAAGAUACCCUCUCAUCAGCUACUCCACAAGCUCCACCACAAAUCACAGCCGCUAUAGUUCCUACUCUGAGUACUUCCCUAGUGGCGCGGACGCUGCACACACUAGCAUCGCUCUGUGCUGAGCCACCAAUGAGGGAUUGGCUGGGCUCAGCUGAAGGAUCUGUGUUUUGGUUGCCUUUGCUGACUGUGUUAGGUGAUCCUCUGGUGCGUGGGAGUGAACCUCUGAUGCGAGGAUGUGGUUCCUCUGGGGGUAGCGAUAGUGACUACAGCAGUGUCGAGGAUGCCACCAUCCACCUUAUGCGUCAGUGCUGCCAUAACCACCCUCACAACCAGAAUCUGUUGGCCUCUACUCUCUGCCACCUUAUACAAAGGCAGAAUAUUCCACCUCCAGGUGGUGUGAGCUACCUGCACUCUCUCUCUGGCUUCACUCGUCGCCUGGUGUUGCAGCUGUUGUUGGAAACAGAGAGAGUGGUGGUGCACAUCAACAGUCCUCUUGGCAGCCUCUCCUCUCCCACUGGCUGCAGCCUCCCACCACUCACUCAACACCCUAAGUUUGGAGCUGGACACAAGACUCGACUCCUCAGUCUUCCCACAACCACGUCCAUGUCAGAUAUUAUCAAGAUGGUCACAGACUGGUCUAGAGGAAUGUUGAACGGCAACACAGGAGAAUUAGACUUGACCAGUAAUGACCACCGAGAACCAAAUGAAGUCGGUCACUUGGAGCUGAUGGACAAGCUGUCAGUGGCUGCUGGAGUGACUGCAAAGGACAAGAGGAGUAAGAAUAAGGCCAACUCAACUAUCCACAGAGUGUCCAUGACUAUGCCCAAGAGAGGUGGGGAUCAGGAUGGUGACAAACAGUUCAGUAAGUGUGCAACCACUAGAACGUCAAGUGCCUCAUCCUAUGCCUUGGUACAUGAAAGUUUGGGGAAUUCCUCAGGCUUGCCUUCCAUGCUUACUGUGGCACAAGUGAUGGCUGCGCUCCGUCAUGAGGGCCAUCUGCCAGCCUCCCACAUCACACUCACUCUCACUAAUCGCAGAGAAAAUACUAGAGAAGGUGAAAGUGGGCGGGAAGCUGUACUGUUGUGCACCGAGCCACUACCAUCAACUUUACACGUCUUCACCAGCCAAGGUGGCCUCUCGCUUCUUGCCCAGCACAUGUCACUACUCUAUCCUGACAUGGGCCAGCAGCAGCCUAGUAAUGCAACAUGUGUACGGGGCAGCAAUGGAGACAAAGGAGAGAUAGUGGUGGAGAACGAUUGGGUCAGUGUUGAGAUGAAUGAUUAUGAGUCAGUGAAUAUGUUGGACUACCUGGUGAUGGGAGGUGGUAGUACUGGGUCUCCUGGGCCAGUUGGUGGAGGCACAGUUAGUCUCCUUACCCUGCCCUCCAUCCCACCACAUGCCUUGGGAGCCUUCACUCUCUUUCUGCGUCUCCCAGGAUAUGCAGAGACGCUCUUAAAAGAUACCCACAAAGCAUGUUGCCUCCUCAGACUAGCAUUGGGUGUCACCGACGAUGGCGAUGGUGGGGAUAUUGUAGGGUCAGGUGUGGGCGGCUCGCUGGCCACGAUGCCCUUCCAAGUGCUGGAGAGUCUGCUGGAAGCCACGCCUCUCACUACGGAUGAUGGAGUGUUGCUGCGACGCAUGUGUUUGGAGUCUGGAGCUUUGCAUCUCAUCCUAGCAUGUCUAGCUGCUUUGUCACACCAAGAUACACCUGAAGUUGUCUCCUCUCUCUACCAUCAGAAUGUGCCCAUUGGCCUUGUUGUAGCAACCACAAGAGCCACGUGUGUGGACACUCGAGAUUCCAUUGGCAUCCACAGAGGAGAAGGGGACAGGUGUCACUACUGGGCCAAAGGCACCGGAUUUGGCACUGGCAGCACUACUCAGAGCUGGGACGUAGAGCAAGCACUCGUGAGGCAGAAGGUGGAGGAGGAACACGUGGUGUGGCUCGUGCGCCUUCUUGCAAAAUACAUAAAUCCAGGUGAUGUCUUGCCCCCUGACCUGCAACAACAAACAAAUGGAGGCACAUCAGGUGGCAGUUUUGAUUCCCAGAAUGAAACUGGAUCCUCAGAGCCCCACAGAAAGGUCCUAAUCUUACCUCCAUUGUCAUCACCACCACAUGCUCCACCUGCUCUCCCAUCAGCUCUCCUGCAUCUCUUCCAGAACUCAGGACUUAUAACUACAAUAGCUUCCAAUCUUAGCAAUGAUUCUGUGUUGGAUAUGUCUCGUCAUGUGCCCCUUUAUCGAGCUCUCUUGGCACUAGUACGUGGCUUAUCAGUUACUUCUAGUCUAGCCCCGCUGCUCAUGACUCAACAACAUUCUGCCCCAACGAAUGGAGGGAACGAUACUACGGCUCUGCCCUGCAUUCCAGCACUUCUGGAAAGGAUGAAAAGCACUGUAAAUACAUAUAUGGCAAAGCUUAGAUGGAAGUCUUCUAAAGCAGGAGGAGGAACUAAUGGCAAUGGUGGCAACAGCAUCUCUGCAGAUGAUGUUGAACAGGAGGAAGGUUUAUCUUUAAUAGUUCCUGACAUCCAGAAUACUGCUAUGGUGGUCAAGGUGUGUACAGAGCGACUACAACAGGAGCUGGAGAAGGAGGACCAACCUGAUGGGGGAGCCUCAGCCCAGCCCAUAUCAUCUCGGUCACUAAUGGAAGUAUACCUUAGUAGCCUUAAACCCAUGCAGUUUGAUACAUAUGAAAUGGUUGUUGAAGAUUCUGAAAGAGGUAUUAGGUUUGUGGUGUCGCAUCACUAUGAGGGGUCAGUCAGAGGAGCCGGAGACCUGUGCACUCCUCGCAGAAUGAAGAGAUUGGCCCAAGAGGCUGUGACUUUAUCAUCAUCGCUCCCUCUGUCGUACUCUUCCUCGGUAUUUGUUCGCACGGAUCUCGAUAGAUUAGACAUUAUGAAGGUGCUUAUAACAGGGCCGGAAGAUACCCCAUAUGCCAAUGGCUGCUUUGAGUUUGAUGGGAAGGUGUUUCCCUUCUGUCAGGUCACCUUACCUGUAAUGUUUAUCAUCUAUUUGCAGGUGUUAGUGUCAAUCCAAAGUUUAAUCUUCGUGAGUGAACCUUACUUCAAUGAACCAGGGUACGAGAGGUCGAGGGGAACACCAACUGCUAUGCAAAAUUCUCGUGAAUACGAUGCAAAUAUAAGAGCUGCGACAGUCAGAUGGGCUAUGCUCAAUCAGCUUCGUAAUCCUUCUCCCUGUUUCAAGGAGGUGAUUGACCGUCACUUUUGGCUGAAGCAUAAGGAAAUCCUUGAACAAGUUGACAGCUGGAUUACCAACAUGGAAGCUCUAAGUGAAAACAGAAGAACUGGGAAAAACAUUGCCCAUAAUACUGUAGGACUUAAGGUAAACUUCAGUUUGUUAAAGGAAGAAUUCAGAAAUGAGUCCACCCUCCGGGUCUUGGAAGGCAACCCAUUGUCCUUGAAGUCUAACAGUUCAGGCAGCAGGUCUCGGUGCUCACAGUUCCAUGACUCUCAGACACUGGAAAAAGGAGAGAGUGAUGUGCCUCAGAGGAAAGGAAAAGAAUUAAGAGGGGGACAACAGGAGGGCCAAGCUGGAGGACAGUCCGCACACGAAUGAAAAACCUCGAGAGCUAAGUUCUUUAUGAUAAAACCCCACAAAUAUAACAAGAGACAUAGCAAUCCAUAGUUCAGGAUACAAGUUAACAAGACUUGGUAGUGGUAGCAUGCUGUAGUCAAUAGCACAAUGAAGCCCAUACACCAGGGCUUGUCCACUCAAGAGAUGGUGGAAGAUGGACUUGGGGUCUUGCCCUCGGGAGAACCGCACCCAAUGACUGUGAUGUCAGAUGUCGUUCAGGCUGCUAAAGCCACAACUUGCCCAAAUACAGACAGCAAGGUAGACAGUGCAACAGUAGCCAUGGAUGGAGAUGUUUGCAAUCAUAUGAAUUAUUCUAGUUCCUCUGUCAAAGAUAGUACUCCAGACUCGCCUAGCUCGCACAACACCUCAGCAGGCAUGACUUGCUAGCAUUACGCAUUGAUGUGUUUUUUUUCUUAUAAAUCUUAAAGCCAAUCUUGCAUGAACAUUUUAGUGCACUUCUCAUUUUCAUCCAAAGUUCAGUGUUUUAGUUUACCAAGAAACAGAAACUUGGCUAAUAAACAUAGUUUUAAUGAUCUUCACCAGUGGUUGACGAGUUUUGAGUACAUUCCAUUGAUUGGUUUGAUUACUUGUCUGCUGUGAGGUGGAGUACAUGUGUGGGCUAUCCUAUGGAUGUUUAUACUUGGAAAAACUGGACGUAUUAGUGUGUGAAACCAAGAGGUGACUGUGAUUUAAUAUAGUCAAAACUCAGUGAAUUUUAUUUUUUUUCGAAAAGUUCAAAAGACCUGUCACUGGUACAUUUUGUGUACUGUGCGUUUAGGAUCUGACACAAUAGCUGACACGCACUGCAAAACAGAAAAUUUAGUGAGUCUGUCAGAACUGGAUACACAGUUAUUUAGCAAUUAUCUGCAUGACUUGUGUUUGCUAGUCAGUGUGUGAAUUGUGUUCAGUGUGACUAAUCAUAUCUUUGUUUCAUACUGUAUUGUAUUCACUAACACAUAAGAAACAUAUGGAUAUGUGCUGUACAAAUUAAUUCUUAUUGCCUACUUGUGAUGUGCAUAGUGUGUAAAGUGGGGGCAUGAAUGAGUGUACGGUGGUUGUGCGCCCUUCACUGUAAACAUUGCUGUGGGUGCAGAUAGAAAUCACAGGUGUUGAAAACAUUGCCUUCUGAGUGUGACUUGUAGAAUGUGAUGAUUUGAUUUGUUUAUAAUUUCUUGUCUAGCUCUCAGGUACUGUAUAUUUAUCAUGCCUUUAUUAAGUGGUCAUCGGUUGGACUGCGGCAUGAGUGCUAACAAGAUGAUCAUCUUUGCAUAUCGUGAUCUAUAGGGAGAAUUUGUAAAUGAUUCUUAUCCACUUGGUAUAGCUUAUAAUAGUUUUGUAAAUAUAUAUAUAAAUGUCAACAGUAAUUUAGCAAAAGUAAAAUAGUACAUUAUGUACAAUUUUUUUUUUUUUUUAUAUAAAAAAAUUACCUUAAUGUCAUCACACCAUCAAAAAUGCCAUUGAAUAUGGUUAAUUGUUAAAUAAUUGACAUGAGUAAGUUUUGUUUCUCAUUUCAUGACUUCCUAUAUAGUUUUUCUGGACUGUUUUGCAUUAUAUAAGUACAGUGACUAAUUCUAAAACAUGAUUCUUAAUAUAUUUCUGAAAUGUAUCCUGUUUAUUUCAUAGAAACUUUUUUUACAUAAGUAUUCUUGGCACUACCAAGACUAUUAAUGUUGGCAGAUUAUACUACCAAAGAUGAUUUAUCAUUAUUGUUACUAUCAUCCCUACCCAUACAUAGUCAAUGCUAAUACUCUUGCAUAGUUCUCAAAGUAUUUUUUAGUUAGAUGCCAAGAGAGCAUGCAUCUUGGGUCAUUUCUGUGUAAAACACAAAGUCUCAGAAGUCUUUAACAGUCAAGAGAAAUGAAUGAUGUAAGAGUAUAGUUGGGAAUGAAGAAAAGUUGUAAAAUAAUUCUAUGAAAAUAUAUAUUCUCUAUAUUACGUAUAA